AUGAACAUCUUUGUUUCUUCUGUUGUUUUCUUUUACGAGCAGCUCUGGUUAAUAAUACUUCUUCAAACCUUCUUUCCUAAAUUUUCCCCAGAGCCAUUACCAAGUGUCGUGCCAAUAGACCCUUCUUCAGGGGCUAACGCUAGACGAUUUCCACAUACGGCACCACCAAAACGCACGGGACGCCGAGAUGCAUACCAGCGCCAGCCAGACACAGGCGAAAGGUUGCUUGGACGAAGUGAUCCAGAUUCGAACGCAUCCAACCUCGAAGGGAAACAACCGGCCUCUGGCUUCCGCAUUGUGAAUUAA